GCGCCAGCCCUCCGCCUGGCGCCAAGCCGGCCACAGGCCGAGGGCUAGUCACCCGCGGGCCGGCGCCCCUGCAGCCUGGUCGCUGCGCGCCCCCGCCCUGCUGCGGGACGGGUAACGGUUACGAAGCACUUUCUCCGCCGCGAUUUCUGCUUAGUCAUUGUCUUCCAGGAAACGACUCUUCAGUUGGGAGUCAACUCUCCCGCGGCGGCCGCAGUAGCAGGAGCCGCAGCCACCAGCGCGUCCUUCCCGGGCCGCCGCUCCGCCGCCGCCCUGCCGCCUCCCGGCCUCCCUCGGGCCCGAGCGCAGGCCGGGGUCCCGCCGCGCGGGGCGAGCAGCCUCGCGCUCUGCUCUCCGGCCUCGGGCGCCGCGUCCUACGGGGGCCCUCCUUCCCCGCCUGCUGCCCCGUCGCCGCCGGGCCAGGUCCGUCGGCUGCUGCCAUGGGCACCGACAGCCGCGCGGCCGGGGCGCUCCUGGCGCGGGCCAGCACCCUGCACCUGCAGACGGGGAACCUGCUGAACUGGGGCCGCCUGCGGAAGAAGUGCCCGUCCACGCACAGCGAGGAGCUUCGAGAUUGUAUCCGGAAGACCUUGAAUGAGUGGAGUUCCCAAAUUAGCACAGAUUUGGUCAGGGAGUUUCCAGAUGUCUUGGAAUGUACUGUAUCUCAUGCAGUAGAAAAGAUAAAUCCCGAUGAAAGAGAAGAAAUGAAAGUUUCUGCAAAACUGUUCAUUGUAGGAUCAAACUCUUCAUCAUCAACUAGAAAUGCAGUUGACAUGGCCUGUUCAGUCCUUGGAGUUGCACAGCUGGAUUCUGUGAUCAUUGCUUCACCUCCUAUUGAAGAUGGAGUUAAUCUUUCCUUGGAGCAUUUGCAGCCUUACUGGGAAGAAUUACAAAACUUAGUCCACAGCAAAAAGAUUGUUGCUAUAGGUACCUCUGAUCUGGACAAAAGCCAGUUGGAACAGCUGUAUCAGUGGGCACAGGUAAAACCAAAUAGUAACCAAGUUAAUCUUGCCUCCUGCUGUGUGAUGCCACCCGAUUUGACUGCAUUUGCUAAGCAAUUUGACAUACAGCUCUUGACUCAUAAUGAUCCAAAAGAACUGCUUUCUGAAGCAAGUUUCCAAGAAGCACUUCAGGAAAGCAUCCCUGACAUUCAAGCACAUGAGUGGGUGCCACUGUGGCUACUGCGAUAUUCAGUCAUUGUUAAAAGUAGAGGAAUUAUCAAAUCAAAAGGCUACAUCUUACAAGCUAAAAGAAAGGGUUUUUAACUACAAUUUAGGAUCAUAACCUACUGACCUGUAUUUUCCUUGAAUAUAAGAUAAAAUUGAGAUGUGUAAAAAUCUAAUUACUGCCUGUAAAUGUGUCAUUGAGGCAGAUAUUCUUUAGUUAUAUUUGACAAUAUGUUAUCUAUCAAGUUUGAAUAUUUCUCUUGCUUCCAUAUCAGUUCACUCACAUGAACCACUAUAUUGUUUUCAUUAAACUAUUGUUUUCUAAUUGAAAUUGUCUAUAAAGAAGAUACUUGCAAUAUAUUUUUCCUUUAUUUUUAUGACAGUAGAAAUCAAGAAAAUUUGUUGUUAGAUAUAUUUUGGCCUAGGCAUCAGGGGAAUAUAUAUACAUUUUUUUUAUUUCUAAAAAAUUCAUUGCUUCUUACUCUACAGUAUAACUAAGCAAUUUAAUUACAGUUGUUAAAUACUGGAAGAUAUUUUUCCUGUCAUUGAUAAGAUGAUUAUAUCUCAGAGUAACUGGAAUAGCUGGGAUCUACUAGUAGUGUAAAUAAAAGUCCUUUCUUCAACAUGUGAAUGGAAGCUUAAAUUUUUUUAUUUGUCCUUGCUUGCAGUUUACCUGUAAUGAUUUAUUUUAACCUGUAUUCUUGUGCCAUAUUUGCUCUUGCUGUUAUUACAAAGACAAACCAAAGUAAAUACGUAAAGGAGACUAGGAGCUUUGAAAUUAUUGUUUGGGGGUUUUAUAAAAGCAACUAUUGUUACCUCCAGAUUCUUUUUAAUUCUCGAUCUGUCCUUAAUAUUUUCCUACUCAUUCAAAAAUAUUCAGUAAGUAUUGAGGACUUACCAUGUGCUGGGCACUGUGGGUUCUGGAGAGAGGAGGGAGCACAGGGAUUAAGAAUCAGUUGAGUAAAAUAUGCAAUAUUUGUUCCCCACUCGUAACUGACAACAAGGGACUAAAAGCCAAAAAAGGGGUGAAAACUUUAAUUCAGGAUCAUGUUGUCUACUUAGACAACUUUGAGACAUGGUCUUAACUGUUUAAAAUCAAAACAAUAUAACCAAAACUUUAAAGCUAAAAGAGACUGUAGAUCAUUUAGUAUAAUUCCUCAUUAGUUUAAGAACCAGAAAAUAGCAAAUAAAUAAGCUGUGACCUCUUUGGUAUAUACUAUAGGUCUUUGUAAUUCUAUAAAUUUGUACCUGUAACCCAAAUAGUUUGAAAAAUUCUUUAAAAAUCUCUUAUAUCUCAAUUAAUACUUUUAAACCAUGUAUUUUAAUACAUGGUUUAUAAAACUAAGAUAAUUAUAUAUACACACACACAUACAUAACAUACACACACACAUAUAUGUAACUAAUGUAUAAAACUAAUUUUGCCCAAGUUUUUUCAACUUAGGGAAAAGAUCUGUGGUUCCAUAUUCAAAAUAAAUACACUAAAAAUUAAUAAAUAAACAAAUAAGACUCUUUUCCUGUUCUGAGUAAUGUUUUGUGGUUUACUAGUUGGAUAAUUUGAUCAUUAGAAUUGUAAUGGGAAAUCAGCUGAUUUACCUGCUAAAACUUUAGACUUUGAGCUUCCUAAAGCCUUAUGUAUAGCCUUUAUAUUAAUUGUAUGUAAUGUUAUUAAAUGUAUAUAGUUAACUUUUUAAUUUGGAAAUGUACAACAUUUUUUCAUGUAAUGUAAGUCUUUAAACAAAUGCUCAUUUUAAUUUAAGCCUAUACAGUGAAUUGGCCAAGAUAUUUUGAGGGCACUUUAAUAUCACAUUUAUUAUUUUUUAAAACCCUGGACUUACAAAAAUGGAUUGUUUGAAAGGUUAGUCUGAAAAUAGAAAAAAACGUAUGUUGCUAAUACAUCCAGACUUCAGCAGGAGCUUUUUGUGUGUUUUUUCCCCAACUCUUGACAAAGUAGAAAGAUUAUAGAUUCAUUUUGUGAAGGGGAUCAUGUGUGGCUUUUUUAAAUGAAUUUUUUGUUUGUUUCGCCUCUGUACCUUUAAUUUCUGUUAUUGAAUGACCUUUUCUUUAAAAAACUGAUUUUUUUAAAGGCUUUAUCUUCUCUAAGCUGAUAUUCACUUCUUUUUUUGGUGAACUAUCAGAAUAUAGUGAAUGCUUUUCAAGUAUUUAGGGACUUAAUGUUUAAAAAGCCAUAAAAUAGAGUGAUAAUACUACCAAAUAAUUGCUUAAAGCUGAAAGCUAAGUUAACAAUAGUGUAUAUAACAGAUAUGUUUUCUGGGGAGCUGUGUAUCCAGUGACCCAAGGUAUAAGUUUUUUUCCAGUAAAUAUGACAAGAAGCUGCAGCUUGUUAUUACAUGUCCAAAAUACACUGGAGCCUUACUUUAACACGAUGUCCUGUAACUUGGAAUUUGUGCUGUGAUGAGUCUGUUUUGAAUUCUCGUCUAAGAAACUGUCGUCAACAGAAGGACCAAGGUGUCUUACAAAACAUGUUCACAUGGUGUACAUUAUGAAGACCACAUUGUGCCAGUAUGAUAAUAGAAAAUUAAUUUAGGAAUAGCCAGUGCUAGAACUUGAAUCACAAAUAAUAGCUAAUAAUUCUUCCAUUCACGGGAAGGAUCAUUUUCGACAGCUGUGUGAAAUGGAAAAUGAAGUUAUUCUAUUUUGAAUGAAUGAUUCAGACUUCCCUACCAGAGCCAAGUAGUAACUGAAAUAGGAUCUUGAUUUUCAGUGAUAAAGGUCUAAGUCUUAAUUAUGUUUCUUUUUAGAGCAGAUUUUCUUUCUAACUUUUCCACCCAGAUUCAAUAUUUGGGAAUGUAAGCAGUUGAUAUAUAUAUUGUGUGUGUAUAUAUAUAGUAUAUUGGCUGACAAUUCAUCUUUCUGCCAAAUGUACAUUUAGAGAAAUUUGAAGUUUUAAUGAGAAUUUAGUCCAUUUGUGUUUUCAUACUCAAAUAUACCAACUUAUGAUUCCAAAUCUAUUUUUUUCAAAGUUCCUAACAUACCAGAACUUGUACCUGUCAUUUUCCCAUAAAGUUGGUGGCAGGAUAUGUCAGUUUUAUUUUUUAAAAAUAUGUACUAUAAUUUUUACUAACUUUUUAAAUAGUUUUCAGAGUUAGAAAUAUACUUAGGAGGGGAAAAUGUUUUAACUAGGUAAUUCUACUUUUAUGUGUCUUUAGUAGUGUACUCUAAAAUGAAGGUAAAAUAUAAAGCAUUAUUAAAUGAUUAUAAGUUUUUAAUUUUACCUAUUUAUGAAUUUAAAUUGUGAGUUGUGUAUUUUUUAAUUGAGUUGUUUUAAUAGUUGUAAGCAUCUUGGAACAUUAUAUUGGUUUUGAACUAUUUAAACUCAAACUGAGUAUGGUUUGAAAAUAAAUUAUGAAAAAAAAUUAAAUACCAAGCCAUAAAGUUAUUCAUACAUUCAUUCAACAAAGAUGUAUUGAAUUCCUACUAUGUGCCAGGCAGUGUGCAAGAUGUUGGCAGACAGAAACAGAGAUGAAAACAGCCCUAUCUUCAAGGAGCAGAUAAGUAUAUUUGGGGGGCGAGAGAGAUCUGUACAUGAACAAGAGCAAUAAAGGGCUGCAUCUGUUAAUGACAGAAGCAGUGAAAAGGGAGUGGGGUCACGUGGAAGGAGUGGGACUGCUGGGAAGCAGGAUAAGGACGAGAAAGGCUCCCCUGCAGGAACUAGCCUCAGAGUAGGAUCAUAAGAUGGGGUGGGGGUAUGCCUGGUUUGUAAAUACACUGAUACUGAAUAAUGAACAGUUUAUAUGUAAACUUCAGAAAUCCUGUGAAAACACUUUCUUCAAGAGCUUGUUCUUAUCAGAUAGAAAGGAAUGGCUUCUAGUGAGACAAGAGUAGGUAAGGUUUGAAAAGUCACAUUUUAUAAAAGAGAGACAGAAACUUGCCCCAAUCCCCUAAAUAUAUUAGGAUAUAGCUUAUGUAGUUUCACUACCAGAAAAGUCAAACAAAACCUUAAUAUGUAUCCCUCAGCAAUGAAUAAAUGUAUAAAAUGUCAUACAAGA